UGUGAGACUAGCGAGAUUCCCAGUUUGGAUUUCCUGCAGGGUCACGAAUAAUGUGAUUCUCCCAGAGUGAAGCCUGUUAUAAUUUCCCAAAUUUGGGUGACUUGGACAUUAUCUGCAUUUCGGGUCCCUACUUGGAUUAAUUUUGGAUUGGUGGAGGCAGGAGCAGCUACUGGGCAGAUACAAAAUGCCACCUCAAGUGAUGCUGGACUGUUCUGACCAGAAGAGACUGAGCCCACAACUCUCAGAACUGCUUUGCAAACAGAACUCCAGGCCCAACAGCCAGGAGCUUGGCAUCAAGUGUGUCCUGGUGGGUGAUGGUGCAGUGGGCAAGACUAGCCUGGUCAUCAGUUACACUAUAAACGGUUACCCUACUGAAUAUCAGCCCACCGCCCUGGAUACCUUUUCUGUUCAAGUUUUGGUGGACGGGGCACCUGUUCGAAUUCAGCUUUGUGACACUGCAGGACAGGAAGAUUUUGAUCACUUGCGAUCACUGUGUUAUGCAGAGACCGAUGUGUUUCUGGUGUGCUUCAGUGUUGUAAACCCCAGCUCCUUCCAGAACGUCACAGAGAAAUGGAUCCCUGAGAUCCGAACACAUAGCCCCCACACGCCUAUUGUGUUGGUGGGAACCCAAGCGGACCUUAGGGACGAUGUGAAUGUCUUGAUCAACCUGAGCCGGUCGCAUGUGAAACCUGUAAGUGAGUCCCAGGCUCAAGCAGUGGCGCAGAAGAUUCGGGCUCAGACCUACAUUGAGUGUUCUGCUUUGACACAGAAGAACCUUAAAGAGGUGUUUGACGCUUCCAUUCUCAGUGCAAUUAAACACAAGGCACGUUUAGAGAAAAAACUGACCAGCAAGGGUGUAAAAAGACUCUCCAAAUGCAGAUGGAAGAAAUAUUUCUGCUUUGUUUGAGCCAGUUUUUUUGUUUUCCUUCAAUCUGGCCCAUACUAGUUAAACAGGGCACUCCCUGCUAACUUUUCAAUGGAAGUCUGUCCUUGAGAGCGACGACCACAAGGAUGGAACUGGUUUUUCAAGAUGGAGAAUAGAACUGGUGACGUGAUCUACUAGAUGAAGGCAUACCUUACACUGCAUCUCGGGGACAAACUGAAAAAGGACAGAGGACCAUUCUUGGCACAAGGAAGUGAACACAACUGUCCUGUUCUAUUAUGUACAGGAAUAGAUUUAUUCUAAAAAAAAAAUACACUUUUGAAGAGGUAAAAUGUGCAGGAUGCCAGAAUGUGUAUACUAGUCAGGCUGUAGUAAUUCUGUACCUGAAUAACUGUCUGACUGGGUUUUACUAAGUGGCUUAAAUACUGUAUCUAGAAUACUGUUGAACCCUAAAGCAAUUAUUUGAAAGGCAAUUUUUGCCAAAAAAGGAUAUUUUAUUUCUUUUAAACCAAAGGCAGAAGGGGGUUUUAGAAGCCCUGGAUAAAAGGAUAACAUUAAAAAAAAUUACUGCAGACCUGUAACUCCCAGCAACCAAUCAUUUUUUUACUGGACCUUACAGGUCUGAGGUCUUUGCUUAUUGGAUGCUAAGGGUUACUAGUUCAGAGAUUGUAGAAUUGAGAAUUAUCCCCAGAAUUUAAGUGGUUUACAGGGUAAAUAUACACUACUUGUUGUGUUACACCUCUUUCCUAAAUUUAGGGGUGUGGAAAAGUGCGCUUAUAAAUAUAUAUUUAUAUUAUCUAGUAUGUUUAUGACUCCCAAGUAUCUGUUUAUAUGCACUGAUCUAGUAACGUUAAGGGUACAGAGAUGAAUGGUGUGUCUCAGUAAUGCUUUGAGAGGGUCAUGAAGAAAGUUGUAAGGAAAAUAGAAGGGGCUUGUGCAUGUGUUUAAAUAUGAAGGGAGAAAAUAAAGUAUUUAGAAAGAUAUGAGAGAUGGAUAUUGACUGGGUUAAAUAUCUUUAUAAUAUUAUACUGCAUAUUUAACUAUUGGUAGAUCAGAGAAAAGGCUCACCGAUACCUAUAGACCUGUACACACAGAGAAGGAACUAAACUGGAGGCCCCUGUGCUGAGGGGCUACAGUGAUGCAAACUGGAUUCUCCUCUGUUGCCCAGAACAAAGAUCAGAUUUUCUUUUCUGUUUCCAUCUUGCCAGUGGUGUUAAAAUGAGCCAAACUGAUAUGAAGUUGCCUGUGUGCAUACAUCAUAGGAGCCAGGGACGUGUAUGAUCUGUGUAAAGUAGAAGGAAGAGGAAAGCCGAUAGAAAGUGAAAUGUGUAAGGAAAUGUGGCAGACUAGGGCUUUGGCUAAAAUAACAUGAGACGAGUAAAUAUAUAUAAGUUUCUGUAUGUUGCAAGACCUUGUCAUAUGAUACAGCAUCAGCUGUUUCUCAGCAGGCUUGGGGAAGCCAUGUUUGCUUUUCAUUUCCUUUUUGGGAAGUAGUAUUCUUCUUUGAUGGCCAAGUUUCUUAACCUUCAGGCCACCGGUGUGUCAUACUGAGCAGACCUAAUGGGGCUAAGUUGCAACUGAUCAUAAUUAAUGGAAGCUCCACACUGAGUCUAGGAGCAACUGUUGCUACUUUAAUAUCAACAGCCACUCCAGUGAACAGUAGUAAAGGCUGACUUGUCCUUUCUGUAUUCAGAACAUAACACACCACAGGAAUGCAAUAACAUGGUGCCUCCCCAAUCCACUGAAAAACAAUUGGUAAUUGUUUUCAGUUAGCCCAAGGUAUGGAAUCAUGUAUAGUUAUGACUGAAUGACACACCAUUCUCUCUGUAGAAGUGAAUCACUCAAUGGUUUAUUUCCUCCAACUGUAGGAUUUGUCCUUUUGUAGACUACAGGGUAUAUGGUGCCUACAAAACCCAUAGAGUUUAAGGGUUCUAUUUCAAGAACUACCUAAACAGUAGUUUAGCAAGUCUAUCCAUGACAUGGAAAACCUGUAGUGUCCCAGGUUUAGAACUAUGUGCCACCCACUGGCAUUUUAUUGUGGGUGGACACAGUAAAUCAUAGUUCAAAAUGUUUGACAGACUGUAGGCUGCGCAACAAUAAUCUAAAGUUGACCUAUAUCCUCUUAUACCAUCAUUUUGUUUAAACAGACAUUUAAUUGUAAAGACAUUAAACCCCCGCUCUAUAAACCCUAGGCUUCUGUUAUACCCUCUUUGCCUUGAUACAUGAUCUGUGUUGUGGAAUCCUGGCAGAGUAAAGUUAAACAGUUGCUCAAUACUCGAGGCCCCUCCAUCAGCUAAACUAACAUUUCUGGUUCUUUGGUAUCCUCUGUCAGGUGCAAUAUUUACUUUUCGAGCUGGAAGGGUUUCAAAGGGUUUGACAGGUUCAUCAGUUUCAAAAGAGCUUUAGCACACCUGGUUAGAUAAAUAUUGAACUGUGUUCAAUAAAUGGUGCCUGACUUCCUGCGAUCGCUUCCGAUGUAUAUAUUUGUAUAAAUGUAAUUGUUCAGUCCCACAGAGUAUUGUAUGUAUAUGUGUACAGAAAUCUAUAUAUUAUAAUUUGCCUCUGUAAAGUAUGUAAAUAAAGUCUUCAUUUUUUAUGAGAAA